UCAUAAGCUCUUAUUCAUACUUCGUGCCUUUUGCUUUUUAGGUUUAUGGCCGUGACCGUCGAACUUUAUACAAGUCGCGGAGUAUCGUGCGGAUCGCGGCGAAGCGGAAGCGGUGCCUGGUGUGGUUGAAAUAGCUGGGGAUAACAACAAAAAGUAACAUGGCGUGUAGAAACCAUGCCGACAGCGCGAUUAAAGAACGUCGAUUACGAUCGAUUUACGACUGGUUGGAUAAUGGAAACAACAAAAAGGCUCUUCAAGAAGCCGAGAAGGUCCUUAAAAAGCAGUCUUCGAAUCAGUGUGCCAGGGUACUUAAAGCUCUGGCCUUACUUCGUCUUGGAAAGAAGAACGUAUGUCAGGUAAUCGUAGACAAGGUGUGCUCCGAAGUACCAUGCGAAGAUAUUACUUUACAAGCUAUGAGCGUGUACUAUAAGGAGGUGCAGCAGCCAAAUAAAAUCAGUGAAAUGUACGAGGCUGCGGUAAAAGCAGAUCCUAAUAAUGAAGAACUUCUUACGCAUCUUUUUAUGUCUUAUGUUCGACUUGGGGAUUUCAAGAAACAAAAAGAAACAGCGUUAGUUUUAUAUAAAUUGAGGAAUAAAAAUCCAUAUCAUUGUUGGGCCGUUAUGAGUACAGUCAUGCAAGCUAUGCAAGCGGACAAGAAGUUAGCUAAGAAUGUUAUACUACCACUUGCAGAAAAAAUGAUAUUAAAAUUAGUAAAUGGUGGAAAUAUGGAAGCUGAGCAGGAAGUAGAACUCUAUUUGAUGAUCUUACGACUUCAAGAAAAGUACGAAGAGGCAGUAACGGUUUUGGAAGGUCCACUUGGUUCCCUAGUAUCUUAUAACGUAAUGUUAAAAAUAGAUCUGUAUAUAAAGUUACAAAGAUAUGAGGAGGCUGUAACUACCGCGACAGAGCAAUUAAACUCUGACCCAGACAACUGGAAAUCUUAUUUAUAUUACUUGACUGCUGCUUUGAAGAUUCAGUCUGUAAAUCAAUGUUUGGAGUUCUUUCAUAGCAUGUGUCAAUCUACUGGAAAGAAAUUAAGGGCUCCUUUUCUUGCCUGUUUAGAAUUAUUUUUGCGUUUACAAAAGAAUUGUCAAACAAAUAUGUUGGAGGGAUUAACGCACCCAAUAGAUCAAAUGUGUGACUAUUUUAAAUUAUUUGGGGAGAAACCAUGUGUUGUUGCAGAUUUAAAAUUAUAUUUGGGCCUUUUGAAUGAUAAAGAGAAACUGAAACUUCUUGAGAGGAUAGGAAAUGACAUAGGGGUGGAACAGGAUGGAUAUCCUAAAGAUGUGCCUCAAAUGCACAGGCACAUUCAUUUGGAACAAUUGAAACGUAUUUGCGGAAUGCAUCACCCACCUGUCGCCGAUGUAAAACGGAGAAAAGAAUUGAUGAAACGCUUUUGCGAGCUAUAUGAAAAAGGAAGUGAAUUAUGUCCAAUUCAUGAAAGGCUACCUACUGAUUUUUCACCUGCUGAUCCUUACGCACUUUUAGCAUGUCACCUGUUAUAUCAAUUAUGGGUUGAGACCGAUGAUACCUCAAAUUUGUACAGAUCCAUAGCACUGUUGGAGCAUGUUUUGUUAUCAAGUCCUACUAAUUAUUAUGUAAAGAUCUUGUUGAUUCGUAUGUAUUUAGAGGUUGGACUAAUAGAAGCAGCGGACCAUAUAUUUAUACUAUUGGAUACAAAACAGAUCCAGAUAGACUCUUUAGGCUACUUGCAUGCGCCACUUCUUGCGCCACUUGGAUAUUUAUCGCAAGCUUGUUUUACAUACGAUCAGGCUGCUAAGUUUUAUGUAACCAAUUAUAGAGAUAGUGCAGAUCAUCUAACAUUUGCGUAUAAAUAUGGAAGUUUUGAAAGGAUUCAGGACUUUAUAGACUUGAGAGAACGCCUUGAAAAUUCGUUGCAUUUUGCAAUGGUUACUGUUGAUAAAAUGCUGUUGGAAUUAUGUCAAUGUGACAGUUCUACCGCAUUCUUAUCAACGAUAACCUCGAUGCAUGUACAACCCGAGGAAGAUUCGAUUAAAUGGGAUCGUCUUAGAGACAAUCGAGACCUGGAUAUUAUGGUUGGGUGGGAGCCUAUCACAGAAGAAGAUGUCAAUCCACGAAUGCAAAAGGAGACUGAAACGUGUAUGACAUACCUGCUUCAUGCAAGAAAUGUGAUUCUACGAAUAUUAGCCGCUUCCAUUGAGUACGACACGUCAUUACUUACACGCUUAGCUGAUGAACUUUGGCAGCUACAACGGGAUCAAAUUCCGUCGAUUCUUCCGAAGUUCGAAAGAAAAACUGGGAACGAAAAGUGGCGUACUUUGUUGGUUCCACUCGAUUCAGUGGAUCGUUUGUGUGAGAGUUAUUUCUCGGAACAAUUAAGUACCAUUGCUCAUGUUGCGGAAUGCUUUUCGCAUUCUCCAUUUCCUGACUCGGAAUGUAUCCAGACCCUUAAAGAAGCUCCGUGUCUUAGGACUUUACCUCUUCCGGACCGAGACACUCCAGUCUCAUACAAGGAAUUUCUCUUGAGAGCUUCGACUUGUGGAGAGACUCUUGCAAUGCUUAGUGCCAUGUGCAUUGUGCGGUCAACAGAAGUGAAACCAGAUGCCUCGUUCAAGAAAGGCAAGAAAAAACGUAACACGAAGGUCGAGUCUCUUUCUCCAGAAAAGCAUCAGAGUUGGCAACAAAUCGAAACACUAUUAGAGGAAAGGUUACAUAGCCUAGAAUCUACACUUUCAUCUAUUGAAAAUCUUGAAGUAAACACAGGCUUAAGUGAUGAUAUGCAUAUGGCCAAGGAGAUAGCAAAGAAAGCACAAGCAAGUAUUAAUCAGAGCUGUAGAGCCCUGAAAAAUCGUGCCCAACGUACACUCAAACUAUUAAACAUUGAAAAGAGCUGAAAAACCUGGAAAGACUAUCUCAUAAAUAUCAUCCAUCUGCGCGUUUACUGGUUGGCAAUCUUAAUUUUUUUUUUUAUUUAUGUAACAUUUCCAACGACUAUUAAUUACCACCGAUUUAUCUAUAAUAAAGCGACAUAUUCUUUUGAA